UAUAUUUUUAUUAAUUAGUAACUAAUAACAUCCCUCAAUCACAAUAACAACACCGUUAAAUAACCUGUGACUCCUUCUCCUAGGGUUUAAGUGGAGAUUUGUUUCAAUAUUUAGAUCCAUAGAGGAUGAAUUAGGUUUGUAAAGUAAAACCACAUUGCCUCUAAAUUCCCACUACUAUAACACUUCAUUCUCAUUCAUGGUUUUUUUAUUAACACCAUAACCAUUCAUUAUUACUUUUGCUACUGCAAUGUCUAAGCUAAAGCGAUUGCCGGCGUCGAUUUCAACCGGAGAUAGGAUUAGCGACCUUCCAGACUCAAUUCUGUCUCACAUUCUCUCUUUUCUUUCAACCAAAUUAGCCGUCAAAACAAGCAUCCUCUCCAAGAGAUGGAAACCAAUAUGGCUUUCUGUCCCCACUUUCGAUAUGUUUCGUUUAUUCCCCGAUCAUGUUCUUGACUCAGUCAUGCAAUCUCGUGAUCCCAAAUUACCAAUACUAUUAUUCCGCCUCAAGUGUUUGGAACCCAAAAAUUUCGAUAUCCUUAUUAGUUCAGCAACACAAAGAGGUGUUCAAACCCUAGAUCUUAACCCGAUGUGUGUGCCUUUAAAGACGAAAACUCUUUCUGACAUACUCAAUUGUAAGACUCUCACGGUUCUCAAGUUGACAAACAUAUACAUUAACGACGAAGAGGUUCCUCAAGUCGAUGUUUCUUCGAUCAAAACUCUUCAUUUGGAUACUGUCUAUUUCGGCGGAUCUGAGAAACAUAUAAUCAGCUUUUUCUUAGCCUUUCCCGUUGUAGAGGAAUUGCAAUGGCAAACAGAUGAAGUAUUUUUUGGGGGGAAAUUUAUUCCAAAAACAAGAGGGACUGUUAACUGUUUUCCAAACUUGCUGAGAGCUAAUAUUUCUGACAUUGAUCUUAUUUCUUUCUUCUCCCAUUCUAGGGCACUACUUCUCAAUGUAAAGCAGGUAUGUACGAUUUUGUCACUUUAA